AGAUAGGAAAUCAACAACUCUCUAAGCUAAAAAUAGCGCCAGUAAUUGGUAAAAAUUCUGAUCUCCAGCACAACGGGAAAGUUAUGCAGCAAGUGUAUAAACUGUAUAAUGAACAGAAAUUUACAGAUAUAUUAUUUGAAUUUCCUAAUACAAAUUAUGCUUUUACUGCACAUCGCCUGAUUCUCGCCGCGGCUAGUCCCACGCUGUUGGACCUCUUCGACCGCACAGAACCCAGUUGUCAGUCAAUGACUAUAACAGAUGUUGAUAGCGAUACUUUUGAACAAUUGGUUGUUUAUUGCUACAACGGGCAAACGGAUAUAACGGCGGGUAAUGCAGAGCGUAUGAUCAGAGGUGCUGUAACGUUACGUUUGGAUGGCGUUAUCGAUGUUUGCGUUGACUAUUUGAUGGAUCAUCUAAACGAUUUUUUGCUCCGCAAGCUGAUUUCACUCGAAGCUGAUAUAAAAUGUAAACCAUUGGAGUCACGAAUAAUUGAUUAUAUUGUUGCGAAUUUCAAAAAGGUGAGAUAGUGAAAUAUGAUUUAAAUA